AUGUUAUGGUUACGAGGAUGGGCACUUUUUGAAAGGCACGAGAGCUGGGAGUUUGACUCUGGUAGCAGAGACCUGAGCCCCGAGCCCAACAGCCUGCAAAAGCUGAUGGAGGCCUCGGGGAUUGGCGUCCCAGGAAGCUCGGGAGAGCUCCUGGAACUUGCCAACAAGCUCCACCUCGGGGCGCUGUCCUCGCUGAGGCGGGAGGUGCGUGCCCUGUUGGAGCGGGAGCGGCAGCUGAGCCGGGAGCGGGAGUCCCUGGAGCGGCGCCUGGGCAGGGCGCAGCUGGAGCAGCUGCACCUGGCCCGGGAGCGGGAGGAGCGGCUGGAGCAGCAGGCGCAGCGCUACGAGGAGCGCAUCACCGAGCUGCACAGCGUCAUCGCCGAGCUCUCCAAGAAGCUCGACGUGCACCGGGCGGCCGUCAUCGAAGAAGAAGACGAGUACAGUCAGCAGUCGGGUGAAGAGUCUAGGAUCAGUGAUGUGCUCAGUCACUGCACGAGCAACGAGAACCUGGUUACGGAGUCUAUCAGCGACAGAGGGGACGAGUCUCCACCCGAGUACGUGGGACUGAUCUCCGGAAAGGAGUCGCGCACCGAGAUUGUUCGCAGCAACGAAAUUCCAGAAGGGGAAGACACCAGCAGUGGCCUUGGAGACAACGAAAGCAUCGACGAAAAACCGCAGGUGUCCAGGAGCGGUGUCCGGUGUCGCGCGUACAGCGUGGAGAACCGGGCAACGUCGUGCCACAGCCUGCAGGUGUCUCAGUGCCAGGAAGAGGUGGCCUCGCUCAAGACACAGAACAUUGCACUGCACGAGCAGCUGAGCAGGAGGGAGGCGGACCUGCACAGAGCUAAAGCUGCACUGGCCUCGGCCCAGGAGGACAGGGACAGGGCACAGCGCAAGGUGCGGGAGCUGCAGGGGCGUCAGUCACAGCAGAGCCCCCAGCUGGGGGCCGGCUCUCCGAUGGGAGAGGAGGCGUCCACCCUGAGGGGAGAGGAGGGUGCCCCUGUGGCGAAGAUGGCCGAGCGGGUGCGCCUGCGCAAGCUCGAGGGGACCUCCCAGCGCCACAUUCUGGGCUCGGAGAUGGCCGCGCUUGGGAUUUCAAGUACCAAGGUGGCGGAGCAGUUGGUGCAGCAGCUUCAGGAGGAGUCCAACACCCAGGAGGCCAUUGCGGCUCAGCGCCUGCGGUCCUCGGGCUCCCCGCUGCCCGAGGGACGCCUGCGAGAGUUUGAGGUGGAGACCGAACGCCUCAGCAGCAAGGUGGAGCACCUGCGCUGCCAGAACGACCUGCUGCAGCUGGCCCUGGAGGAAAGCCGAGGCCAGUGUGACCGACUGAGCGUGCUCCUGGGGAAGCACGAGUCGAACCAGACGGCCCUUCAGCUGGCCCUGGCGUGCAGCGACCGGGCGCUCGAGGCCUUCGACGCACUCCUGGCGCUUGCCGAUUCUGGCCAGGGCUUGGUGCUGGCCAGCUGCAGGGCUGCGGGCCUGGUCUCCCUCACCACGCCACUGGAGGAGCUGAGCGGCAAGGAGCAGGAGGAUGUGUCCCUGCUGCUGCAGCGCAUGCAGGAGGAGCGGCGGCUGGCCGAAGGCGUGGCCCGGCAGCUGCUGCACCGGAUGGACCGCCAGUACGGCCUGGCCACGCCCCCCGGCUGCAACCUGAGUCCCUGGGAGGACCUCUCCUCGCACAGCCACACCACCAGUACGACCAGCUCUACGUCGAGCAGCUGCGACGGUGGUGGAGAGCUGAGCAAGGCGGAGGAGCAGCGGCUGCGGGAGUACCUAGGCCAGCUGCGGAGCGAGCGCAGCGCGGUGCGGUCCACCCUGCUGGAGCUGGAGACGGUGCACGUGGAGCCCCGAGGGGCCCCUUCCCUGCUGGACGCGCACAAGCUGGACCUUGAGAACGCCGUGCUCAUGCAGGAGCUUAUGGCCAUCAAGGAGGAGAAGGCUGAGCUGAAGGCACAGGUGUACCUGCUGGAGAAGGAGAAGGCGUCACUGGAGCUCCAGUCUGGCAGCUGGGGUGCUCGGGAGCAGGCCUACACGGUCUCCCUGGACCACCUCCGGGCAGAGUUGGGCGACCUCCGCCAGGCCCAGGACAGGGCCCAGGCCAGGGCCGCCACAAGACUCGAAGGCUCUAGUCCCGAGAUCCAGGAGUUGGCAGAAUCUCAGAAGCGUGAGAAGAAGUUGAAAGCCCGCAUCGACGAGCUCUUGGCCACGCUGGAGAAGAUCACCAAGAACUCGGAACUGAGAUCGCAGCAGUCGGCCGAGUUUGUUAAUGAUCUCAAGAGAGCAAACAGUGCCUUGGUGUCUGCAUUUGAAAAGGCAAAGAAGAAAAACUUGAGCAAGAUGAAGAAAAUCGAGCAGCAAACGACUGCCAUGACGGAUCGGCACAACGCUGAGGUGCGGAUGCUGAAGCAACGAAUCGCAAUGCUGGAGGCUUCUAGUCUGCGUCAUGCUCUACCUCUGUCUGGAAGUGAGACUUCUCUGUGAACGUUUGUCGCUGCUUAGAAGCGUGUUUUCAAAGCAGCAUUGUUCAGCUUCCCUCGCAAAGUUCCUCUGUACAGCAGGUUCCUCCAGGUGUUUCUUUUUUUGUUUUAUUUAUUUCAAGUUGUCAUUUGUCUAUUUGGCACGAUUGAUACAACUAGGGUUUACCAUCGUGCAUUUCACUGCAUUUGUGAUGACUUGCAUUGUGGAGAAUCUCAUGCUGGUUACAAGGUGUAGCCUCAUUGGCUUUAAGUCAUGCAGUGUUCAUCUGUCAUGUGGUGCAACUGAUGACAGGACCCAACUGUAUGUAGUCAAAGGGCCUGAUACUUUUGGAAAGGCUUUCAAAGAAGGUCUAACUACUAGUUUCAACUAUAAAGUCCAAAUGGGCAUUACUAUUUCAUGUCACUUUAAAACUGUUUCUUAAGCCUUGAUUAGUUCAGUUACUUCCAGGUUUUGUGACUCUAUUCACCAGUCCAAAACAUAUUGUGACCUUCUAAGGCUCUACUGUGCAAUGCUGCUACAACAUCGAAAGUGCUUUGGAAUGGAAAGUACUAUAAGUGUGCAGUAAUUAUUGUACGUAAUUUCUAGAGACCACAAAUUACAAGUCUCUUUGCUGUUAGCAGUCAUGAAUUUGUAUAUGUGUGUAGAAUGAAUGAGCGUGAAUUUUUCACAGGCUGAUUGUUGCAGGAAAUGGAAACGAAUGCGAAGUCAGUGUUAAUGUCUUUUUGCUGCCCAAUUAACUUAUUGAAGAAGCUAAAUUUUACAAUAAUUGUUUUAAUCUUUGUUUAUUCUUUUUUUGUUUUUGGUGUUUUCUUUUUAUUCUUCUAAUUACCUGAUUGCUGUUUGGAAGUACGACAGUCAGUAGCCAGGUCAUUGAAAGCAAAUGAAAAAUCAAACCUGUUACUUAAAU